AUGAUGAUCAUGGACAGAGAUGAACAAGAGCUCAAAUCCAUGGGUCUUUUAGGAAUCUACAAAGAAUCUUACAGACUAAUCUUCAGAUUCCCAAAAAUCUUCACCCAAAUAACCCUAACCCUCAUCCUCCCACUCUCCAUCAUCUUCCUCUCCCACAAUCAAGUCUCCAACAUCCUCCACCGUCGGAUCAUCCACGUCAGCACCACGGCCGACGACGUCGUUUCAUCCCCGCUGACGGUGUACAUACUCAUCAAGGCAACUUACUUCACAUUCCUCCUCGUCUUCUCCCUCCUCGCCACGUCAGCAGUCGUCUACACCGUCGCCUGCAUCUACACCUCCGGCGACGUCGCCGCCGUAGCUUUCAGAGCCGUCGUGACGGCCGUCGUCCCGACUGUCUGGAAGAGGCUAAUAAUCACAUUUCUCUGCACUUUCUUCGUCUUCUGCACCUACAAUUUCGUCUUCCUCGUAACCCUGUUCUCAGUUUUCUUAUUCUUCGCGACCUUCUCCGACAACUUCCUCGUCGGACAGGCCGUGGUCUACCUCGUACUGGCGGCGUACGGAUUCGGUUUCGUGUACAUGAGCGUCGUCUGGCAAGUCGCCGGCGUCGUGACGGUGCUGGAGGAAUCGUACGGAUUCGCGGCGAUGGUUAGGAGCAAGGGACUGAUUAACGCCGGCGGGAUGACGGCGAGUUUGACCGUUAUAUUUCUGACAUUGAAUGCGCCGUUGGCCGUUAUCGGCGGUUUUUUUAAAGAGUUCGUGGAGGACGAGGAUUAUUAUUAUUUCGGUGUCGUGACGAGAAUUGGGAUUGGGGCUCUGUGUUUGGUGGCGUUGAUGAAGGUGAUUCUUUUGGGGCUGGUCGUUCAGACCGUCGUGUACUUUGUCUGUAAGGCGAAGGCGGCGGCGGCCGGUCAUAAUGGCGGCGGCGCCGCCUUCGGUAAUUUGGAUUUGGCGGAUCGGUUGGAGGGAUAUUUGGGGGAGUACUAUGUUCCUCUCAAGGCCAAAGAUGUUGUCUUGGAGGAGUUUCGUGUUUGA